AUGAGUACAUCACUAGGGAAUGUGGACGUGGAUGAAAUGGAAUCUUCCUAUGAAAAUCCCAUCAUCAACCCAGAGGCAGAAAAAAACAGAGCUGCUGCAAUGGCAAACAAUUUACAAAAGGGAAGUGCUGGACCUAUGAGGCUCUAUGAAGGCUCAUUACACUUUAACAUAACUGAAGAUAUGCUUCGGGGGAUCUUUGAACCUUUUGGAAGGAUUGAAAGUAUUCAGCUCAUGAUGGAUAGUGAGACUGGACGGUCCAAGGGAUAUGGGUUUAUUACAUUUUCUGACUCAGAAUGUGCCAAAAAGGCUUUGGAACAGCUUAAUGGAUUUGAGUUAGCUGGGAGACCAAUGAAAGUGGGUCAUGUUACUGAAUGAACUGAUGCUUCUAGUGCUAGUUCGUUUUUGGACAGUGAUGAACUAGAAAGGACUGGAAUUGACUUGGGAACAACUGGACGUCUUCAGUUAAUGGCAAGACUUGCAGAGGGUACCGGUUUGCAGAUUCCACCUGCCGCACAACAAGCUUUACAAAUGAGUGACUCUUUGGCCUUUGGUGCUGUGGCAGAUUUGCAAACACGACUUUCCCAACAGACCAAAACCUCAGCUUUAGCUGCAGCUGCUUCUGUUCAACCUCUUGCAACACAGUGUUUCCAACUUUCUAACAUGUUUAACCCUCAAACAGAAGAAGAAGUUGGGUGGGAUACAGAGACUAAAGAUGAUGUCAUUGAAGAACGUAAUAAACAUGGAGGAGUCAUUCAUAUUUAUGUUGACAAAAAUUCAGCUCAGGGUAAUGUGUAUGUGAAGUGCCCAUCUAUUGCUGCGGCUAUUGCUGCUGUCAAUGCAUUGCAUGGCACAUGGUUUGCUGGUAAAAUGAUAACAGUAGCGUAUGUACCUCUUCCAACUUACCACAACCUCUUUCCUGGUUCUAUGACAGCAACACAACUACUGGUUCCAAGUAGACGAUGAAGGAAGAUACAGUCCCUUAUGUAUAUUGCUUUUUUUUCUCUUGAAUUCAUCUGAGUUAUCUUUUAUUUAGAUAAAAAUAAAGAGGCAAGGGUCUACUG